AAUCAAAACGCAAAUACAAAAUUUCAAUGCCAUACGCAGUUGCCACCUGAGAUCAGAAUUGCUUUUGUCUCCAAAGAGACAGGUUGUAAAAAAAGUGCAAAGAAUCAAAUAAAUUGCCACAAAGUAAUUGGUGAAAUGUGUGUGCCAUUGCAGAAACGUGAUAAACGGCAUAAAAUGCGAAAAGCUGUUAUCCAAUAGAGAAAAAUUCCGAUACACCAUGUCGCCCCAUCUCUGCUCCGUACGCAUCCGCGCCCGCACCUGCCACCUCCUUCACGGUCGUUAUGCCUGUGCGCUAAGUAAAAAAUCCAACAUAUACUAACCUAAAUUCGUAGUGCAAAAACGAAAGGAAAAGGAAACGAAUUUAAAUUGUGUCUAACACUCAACGAGUUUCCAAACAGUUGCAAAGCAGUUCGAGUCGUCUUUCAUAUUGUGCCAAAAAAAGAAGAAAAGAAGCAAACGAAACGAAAAGAAAAACAACAAAGCAACGAAACGCAUUACCAACAACAACAACUACUACUACAAUAAGUCAGCUGAAACGACCAUCAACAACAAUUGAAGUACUCCAGUUAUCUUCUCGUCUAAAGUCAGCGUAACUGUAAUAAUUACAGUUACACUUCUUUGUUGUUGUUGGCACUUGUUUUUCGGAAGUUUGUGCAGCAGCAGGCUCUGAAUGUCUUUAUGCUUUAAUCAUGGUGUAUUUUGCCACCAACAAGAACAACACCGACACUAUUCGCUGCUAUAUUAGAAUCUUUCUGAUAACAAAUCAUGACAGAAGGACAUGAAAGCGACUUCUUAGUUACAGUACGCGCACAGGUAAUGACCAGGGACGAGAGCACCGAGGGCUGGCUACCGCUGGCUGGGGGUGGUCUGGCAAAUGUUUCGAUACGUAAACGUGCCAGAUUAUCCCCAUUAGCAUCGGGUCAUGACUACAUCAUCUAUGGGCAAAGAAUCUCCGAUCAAAGUGUUAUUUUAAGCUGUGUCAUCAAUCGUGAUCUGAAGUAUUACAAAGUAAUGCCCACAUUUCAUCAUUGGCGCGCCGGCAAACAGCGCAACGGACUAACAUUUCAAACAGCAGCCGAUGCGCGUGCCUUUGAUAAGGGCGUGCUGCGCGCCUAUAAUGAGCUAAUUGAUGGACUGGCGAAAUCUAAUCCCACUAUAAUAUGCCCACCAUUGACCAAAUAUGAUUCGGUUGGUGAAGAUGAUGUAUUCAUGACCCUGGACUUACCUGUGGAAAGCGAAAGUUUACAAAAGAUACAUUCAAGCCCCGAAGGCAGCGAAAAAAGUCACAAAAGCGUCAGCGAGCGCCAUAAGGAUAGCUACAGCAACAAUUCCGAUUCCGAGAAACUACCAGCGGCUACCAUACACUACAUAUCGACGGAAAAAACAUCAACGGCUCCGGGCUCCGGCAGCGGCAACACUGGCAACGUUGGCGGCUCCACGGAGGGGCCGCCGCCGCCGCCUCCACCUGCAGGUCAGAUAGCGCCCAGCGAGAAUUACUCGUAUGUAACGCUGACGGCUGUCCACCAUGACUACAACUAUCCAGUUGUGGAGCAGCCAGUUGGCGCCCAGGUGCUGAAUGCACGACGCGAGUCAAUCAGUGCAUUGAAGAAGCGCAAUGCUUUGGAGGCGGCACAGGCAAUGGCCGCUGCACAGACAUCGGCGGCGGGUGGAGCCAAUAAGCCGCUGCACAAACCCAAUGUAUCGGAUAUACUCAAGAAGGAGACGCGCCUGCGUUGCCGCUACUGUCACGAGCUGUACAGCGAGGAUUUCAAUAGGCGUGGCGCAUGCGAAUAUGCACCAGAUCCGUUUCGCAGCGGCUACGAGUGCAUCUCGGGCAUGGGCUGUGCACGCUGUAUGAUCUAUCACUGUAUGAGCGAUGCAGAGGGUGAGACCGCACAGCAUCCUUGUGAUUGUAGCGUUAGCGAAGCGGGGUGCACCAAGCGCUGGUUGGGCCUGGCGCUGUUGUCCCUAUUCGUUCCCUGCCUAUGGUGCUAUCCGCCGUUGCGCGCAUGCCAUUGGAUGGGCAUACAGUGCGGCCUCUGCGGAGCUCGCCAUAAACCACAUGUCUGACAUUUGGAGGCUAGAUUGCAAGGACAGUACGAUGACGACCCCAGCACCAGGCCCAGAAACCAACAGCAACCUCACUCUGACGAGAAUACAUAUAAGAGCCAGCUAUUGCGACUCAAGCAGCGGCAGUCGCAGUUGCAGCAACCGCAGCCUCAAAGGCACUUUUAUAACUGGGAACUCUCCCAUAGUCUGGGCGCGCCCCAACAGCAGCCGCCGCAGCCGCUGUAUCUGAUGCAGCCGCGCAGCAAUAAGGCCGCUCAAAAUGAUUAUGGUAGGCUUUUAUUUUGAAAACUGACGAAAUGACAACGAGAGUUCAGUUGCUGUUAUGUUCCGUUCUGUGCUAUUCUAUCAUUGCUUUCAUUUGCCAACUUUUGUUUUGAGUUAUCAUGUAUCGAGUUCAAAUGACACCAUAUGAUUUGCCAUAGAUUAUUGUAUAUAGUAGAGCAGGUAAACCACUUGCACUUACCGUCUAUAGGUCCAUUGAACAUCCACACUUAUCAGAUUCAGCAUUGAAAUAAUUGUAAUUUAUAUUUUAGAACUCUUAAUUAUUAAUUAUACUUUUGUAAAAACC